AUGUCUGCCAGGGUGUUUUCUAGAAUCCCUCGACAGUUUGCGCGGGGUGUGCGUUUCCAGCGCAUGGCGAUGCCGCAGGUGAACCCGAAAAUGUGGAGCACGAACGGAAUGAACUUCCGCUUUGCGAACGAGCUUAAUAGCCAAUACAUGAAGUCCUCUCGAACCUUGCGUCAGUUGGCAACGCGAAUGCGCGUGAUGGAAAUGCAACGUCUUCAAAUCGGCGCUCUCUACAUGUUUUCGUACGUCUCGAAGGAGUUUUUGGAGAUUCUGAAGCACUACGAGGAUUUGCUGGAAGAGAUCGACGUCGACGAGGAAGAGGAGAGAACCACCUUGAAGGGUCGCCAGUAAGCCUCCUCUCGUUCCCUAAGCCACUUCUACCCGCCUGUUUGCUAAAUUUCCUCUCCCCUUG